AAAAGUACAUAAAUAGCAGUAAUUAUGUAAUAAGUGAAAGUUGUUUUAAAGACUCAUAAAUGGCGCAAAAGGAGGAGCAAAUGGUGGAGGCCAUGAUUCAGUGAAUACAAGCUCAAACCCAGAACCACAAAUCCCAAAUCCAGAGUUCCAAACAAAAAAGUGUGUUUGUGGGAAGAGAAGGAACACAAGGCAAAUCAUCAUGGAGUUGGGUCAUAUGCAGAGAACAAUGGUUGACUACAAGAAAUCCUUGUUUAUGGAGGGAUUCUUGGAUGAUCAGUUUUCACAGCUUCAGCAGCUGCAAGAUGAGAGCAACCCAGAUUUUGUUAUUGAAGUUGUGUCUCUUUUCUUUGAGGAUUCUGAAAGGAUUCUCAAUGAUCUCUCAAGUACCCUAGCUCAACCAAGCGUAGACUUCAAGAAAGUUGAUGCCAAUGUUCAUCAAUUGAAGGGUAGCAGUUCCAGCAUAGGGGCACAGAGGGUUAAAAAUGCCUGCAUUAUCUUCAGAAACUUUUGUGAGGAACAGAACACUGAAGAGUGCCUGAGAUGCCUACAGCAAGUAAAACAAGAGUACUAUCUUGUUAAGAACAAUCUUGAGACUCUAUUUAGACUGGAGCAGCAGAUUGUGGCAGCUGGUGGAGCAGUUCCUACGAUGGAGAUGAGUUAUUAGGGGAUGCAAAGCAAGUUCUUGAAAUGGUGGUUGUAGAGAAGGUUCUGUUCAAGUAAUGGGUGUAUGGAUUUUAUUGUGAAAUAAAGAAAAUGCAGUUUUCAUCACUUAUCAUUUGUUUUUUUGUUUCCUUUUGUUUAAGGUUUCUUCUGGUUCUGUUGAGGAUUUAGUUGCCAAUGAUAUGAAUUGCCAUCCAUUGCUUGCA